UUUGCAUCAGCCUCCCAAUGAUGCACCUUUGAUCAAUAGAAUUUAGACAAAAGCGGUUUUGAGUCCAAAGAUCAGGGCUGGGUUGGCCUGCGGACCGGCUACAGGGCGUAUAAAACAGGGGCAAGGCGCACAGUGAUAGCAGCGCCAUCGCCACCCAGCCUGAGUCUCAGCAGUCACCGGCCUCCAAGGUGCCGGGGCGCAAGGAUGGAGCGCGGGAUGAAUGUGCUACAUGACUUUGGCGUCCAGUCCACGCGCUACCUGCAGGUGAACCACCCGGGCUCGCGGGACUGGUUCAUCCUGGUGUCCGUGCUCGCCGACCUCAGGAACGCCUUCUACGUGCUCUUUCCCAUCUGGUUCCACCUCCGGGAGGCCGUGGGCAUCCGGCUGCUCUGGGUCGCGGUGAUCGGGGACUGGCUUAACCUUGUCUUCAAGUGGAUUCUCUUCGGACAGCGCCCCUACUGGUGGGUCCGGGACACUGACUACUACGGCAACACCGCGGCGCCGCUGAUCAAGCAGUUCCCGGUCACCUGUGAGACGGGACCAGGGAGUCCUUCUGGCCAUGCUAUGGGUGCAGCAGGUGUGUACUAUGUGAUGGUGACAUCAGCCCUCUCUAUCUUCCGGGGAAAGAAGAAGCCGACAUACAGAUUACGGUGCCUGAACAUCAUUUUGUGGUUGGCGUUCUGGGCCGUGCAGCUGAACGUGUGUCUGUCCCGGAUCUACCUCGCUGCUCACUUCCCACACCAGGUUGUCGCUGGAGUCCUGUCAGGUAUUGCUGUCGCUGAAUCUUUCCACCACAUCCGAGGCAUCUACGACGCCAGCCUCAAGAAGUACGUCCUGGUCACCUUCCUCCUGCUCAGCUUCGCCAUCGGCCUCUACCUGCUGCUCCGGGCGCUGGGCGUGGACCUCCUGUGGACCCUGGAGAAAGCCAAGCGGUGGUGCGAGCGGCCAGAGUGGGUGCACAUCGACACCACACCCUUUGCCAGCCUCCUCAAGAACCUGGGGACCCUGCUGGGCCUGGGGCUGGCCCUGCACUCUCACAUGUACCGCCAGGGCUGCCGCGGUGGGCUCGGCAGGCGUCUUCCGUUCCGCCUCGCCUGCGUCGGGGUCUCCCUCGUGCUCCUGCACCUCUUCGAUGCGCUGAAGCCUCCGGCCCAAGUUGAGCUGGUCUUCUACUUCCUGUCCUUCUGCAAGAGCGCGGCGGUGCCCUUGGUGUCCGUCAGCCUCGUGCCCUACUGCCUGGCCCGGCUCCUGGGCCAGUCACACGGGAAGGUGCGGUGAGGCGUCCAGAGUCUGCAGCUCCAAACCAGCGACUGUGACUGUGCAAGAGCAGGGGACCAAGGCCUCCUGCCAGGGCCUUUGGGGGCCAGUCAGCUGUGGGGAGCCCCUACCCGCUCUGCGGUCCUGGUCAUAUCGAGACAUGGUUCUGAGCCACCGAUGAGGCCGCUGCAGGAAGCCUGGGCCCUGUCACAAGUUGCGUCCUUCUGGAUGCUCCCGAGAACUUCUGUCCCGCUUCUCCUAGCUGAUGGGCACAGCGAGACCUCCAGGUAGGGGAGCUCCUGAGCCCAGGACAGAGACCACAAGCUGUGCUUGUCCUCACCCCAAAAGGAGAAAGGCACAGUGAAUUUGCUAGGGAAGGCAGGAGGGGCCAAAGAGAGGUUUUAAUACCUUGCACAUCAUUGCUAGACGCCAAGCGGUGUCUAAAUGGCUUCAAUGACAUUUGAAUCCUUAGAUGUGUGAUCUCAGUAAUGGUAGACCAGCCCGGUAUGGUGGCGCACACCUGUCAUUUCAUCACUUGGGAGGCUGAGGCAGGAGGAUUGCAAGUUUGAAUCAAACC